UGUCAGUGUUGUUGUCUGUUUAUAAGUUCAGACAAUUUCUGUCAGUGUUGUUGUCUGUUUACAAAUUCAGACAAUUUCUAUCAGUGUUGUUGGUUGUUUACACAUUCAGACAAUUUUUGUCAGUGUUGUUGUCUGUUUACAAGUUUAGACAAUUUCUGUCAGUGUUGUUGUCUGUUUACAAGUUCAGAAACUUUCUGUCAGUGUUGUUGU